CUAGUGCCUUGCAGUCAGUCCUACUAGUGGAGCUGAACUGGGCUAGUGUUAUCCGGUAACGGAGUCCGGUGCACACAGGACGAGGGAAGCUUUUAAUCAAAAUAACAUUUAAUCAAAAUCGCCGCUGGUCCAAUCGGAGGAGCUUGUUUUCUUAAUCAGAUCAGCUAGUUUCUCAACCACCAUCUUUGGGACGAAUAAGUCCCAGCCUCUCUCUCUCUCUCUCUCUCUCACACACUCUCCUCUCACAGUUGCAGAAAAUUGCUCCGCAGCCCCGUGCUGCACCUUAAUGAACCCAAUUGGUGCACUGUGAGCGACCAUCAUAAAUCUGGAGGAUUUUCAGCAUCUUCGGGAUUGCUUAUGAAUUUGCUUAGGCAGAUCCUUUUAAGGAGUUGAGAACAUAGACGGGUUGGAGAAAUUGCGAAAAUGGCACAAAACGUGGUUCUAUUUUUAUUGUGGCUUUCGGGCAGAUCACUCGCGGGAUUUCCCAAUCAGAUUAAUAUAGGGGGUCUGUUCAUGCGGUCCACUGUGCAGGAGCACAGUGCGUUUAGGUUCGCUGUUCAGCUCUACAACACCAACCAGAACACUACGGAGAAACCCUUCCAUCUCAAUUAUAACGUAGACAACCUCGAGUCGUCCAACAGCUUCUCAGUCACCCAUGCAUUCUGCUCUCAGUUCUCCCGAGGGGUCUAUGCCAUCUUCGGCUUCUACGAUAAAAAGUCCAUGAACACCCUGACGUCAUUCUGUGGUGCGCUGCACACCUCCUUCGUCACGCCCAGUUACCCCACCGACAACGAGGUGCAGUUUGUCAUCCAGAUGAGACCUGCACUGCGUGGGGCCGUCCUCAGCCUGCUGUCACACUACAAGUGGCAGAAGUUUGUUUACCUCUACGACACCGACAGAGGUUUCUCUAUCCUUCAGGCCAUCAUGGAGUCGGCCGUAACCAACAGCUGGCAGGUGACGGCUCGGUCUGUGGGGAGCAUCACAGAUGCAGCAGAGUUCAAACGGAUCAUCGAGGAGAUGGACAGGAGGCAGGAGAAACGAUACGUCAUUGACUGUGAGGUGGACAGGAUCAACACUAUCCUAGAACAGGUGGUCUCUCUGGGGAAGAACGCCCGUGGAUACCACUACAUCCUGUCUAACUUGGGUUUCUCCAAUGUGAGCUUGGACAAGGUCUUCCUAGGCGGGGCCAACAUAUCAGGCUUCCAGAUAGUGAGCCCUGAGAACCCCAUCGUUCAGCAGUUCCUACAGCGCUGGGAGAGACUGGAUGAAAGGGAAUUCCCAGAGGCCAAGAACACCCCGCUCAAGUACACGUCAGCUCUGACCCACGAUGCCAUCCUGGUGAUCGCUGAGGCGUUCCGGUACCUGCGGCGCCAACGUGUAGACGUGUCAAGGCGAGGGGGAGCAGGAGACUGUCUGGCCAACCCUGCCGUGCCAUGGAGCCAGGGCAUCGACAUCGAGAGAGCACUCAAAAUGGUCCAGGUUCAGGGGAUGACGGGGAACAUCCAGUUUGACAGCUAUGGCCGGAGGUCCAACUACACUAUAGACGUCUAUGAGAUGAGAACAGGGGGACCCAAAAAGAUUGGCUACUGGAACGAGUACCAGCGAUUAGUAAAUGUGUUAGAACAACAGGUGGUCGCCAACGAGUCUUCUUCUGUGGAAAACCGAACGAUUGUGGUCACUACUAUUAUGGAAGCCCCUUAUGUGAUGUACAAGAAACACCAGAUGAAUCUGGAGGGGAAUGACAGAUAUGAAGGCUACUGUGUCGAUUUAGCUGCCGAAAUUGCAAAACAUGUGGGGAUAAGAUACAAACUGUCAGUAGUAGCAGACGGGAAGUACGGUGCGCGGGAUCCAGACACCAAGACGUGGAACGGGAUGGUGGGGGAACUGGUCUAUGGGAGAGCAGAUAUAGCUGUGGCACCUCUCACCAUAACCCUGGUCCGUGAGGAGGUGAUCGACUUCUCCAAGCCCUUCAUGUCUCUGGGCAUCUCCAUCAUGAUCAAGAAGCCCCAGAAGUCUAAACCAGGUGUCUUUUCCUUCCUGGACCCGCUGGCCUAUGAGAUAUGGAUGUGUAUCGUGUUCGCCUACAUCGGUGUGAGUGUGGUCCUGUUCCUGGUCAGCCGCUUCAGCCCCUAUGAGUGGAACCUGGAUGAACAGGAUGAGACCAAAGACCCCCAGACACCUCCAGAUCCUCCCAACGACUUUGGCAUCUUCAACUCUCUGUGGUUCUCUCUGGGAGCCUUCAUGCAGCAAGGAUGUGAGAUAUCACCCAGGUCCCUAUCAGGGAGAAUAGUAGGAGGCGUGUGGUGGUUUUUCACUCUCAUCAUCAUCUCGUCCUAUACGGCCAACUUGGCUGCUUUCCUCACAGUGGAGAGGAUGGUCUCCCCCAUAGAAAGUGCUGAGGACCUGGCUAAACAGACUGAGAUCGCCUAUGGAACUCUGGAUGCCGGUUCCACCAAGGAGUUCUUUAGGCGAUCCAAAAUAGCAGUCUAUGAGAAAAUGUGGUCAUACAUGAAAUCGGCCGAACCGUCAGUGUUUGUCAAGACCACACCAGACGGGGUGGCCCGGGUACGAAAGUCCAAGGGCAAGUUUGCUUUCCUCCUGGAGUCCACCAUGAACGAGUACAUAGAGCAGAGGAAACCCUGUGACACCAUGAAAGUGGGCGGAAACCUCGACUCUAAAGGAUACGGUGUGGCCACGCCCAAAGGCUCAGCAUUAAGAAAUGCUGUUAACCUGGCAGUGUUAAAACUGAAUGAGCAAGGCCUGUUGGACAAAUUGAAAAACAAAUGGUGGUACGACAAGGGAGAGUGCGGCAGCGGAGGAGGUGACUCCAAGGACAAGACAAGUGCUCUCAGCCUGAGCAAUGUGGCUGGAGUCUUCUAUAUUCUGGUUGGAGGGCUGGGGCUGGCCAUGAUGGUGGCUCUGAUUGAGUUCUGUUACAAAUCGCGUGCAGAAACCAAACGGCUCAAACUAGCAAAGAAUGCUGAGAAAUUGAAGCCAGCUCCCCCGACCAACCCACAGAACUUUGCCACGUACAGAGAAGGCUACAACGUGUAUGGGACAGAGAGCGUUAAGAUCUAAGGGUAUCAUACACGUCAGCUAGACCAGGUACCUUACCAACGACUGUGACUACUGACCCCAUGAUGAAACAACAUGAACACGUCUAGAUGGGGGUUUCCUGAACUGCAGCUAAAUCCUCUCCUGGCGGAAAAUGGCGACGAUAAUCUGCAAUGAAGACAUGACAGGACUGGUGACGUGAAGAACUUAAAUCGGUUUACUCCAGUGCCUUAUGUAUGAAACACUCAGAGACUCACAGAAUGACUUAGAACAAUGCAACUAAUCACAACUCACAAACACACAAACAACUAAACAACUAAACAACUAAACAGACAAGUAAACAGAAAGACAGGGUUGUUUUCUGUACAUUUAUUUGAGAUGCUGUAACGAACUAAGAAGACACAAAGAGAGAGAGAGAUACCUAAAGCCAUCACUUGCAACCCCAAGCACAUUUCCAAGUGCCCGUACAGAAAAUGAAUACGAUACUACAGAUAAUAAAUUGUUUUUGUCUGCUAAGGGAAUUUGAUCCGAUUAUCCUAAUUAUUCUUGCAGGCCAGGUUUUUACUGGUUAAAUGUGUUUUAAAAUACGUUUAUUGUAGGCACUGUACAGUAAGUCACUUAUUACUAGAAGAUAGCUUGUUAUAUUGCUGUGACCUAGGAAUUGUUUUGAACGAUGAAUCAAUUGGUUAAAUAUGUUGUUGUCCACGACUCUGAGCCCAGGCACUGGUAGUGCAUCUGAAAUGGCCCCCUAUUCCCUAUGUAGUGCACUACUUCUGACUAGAGCCUCUGGUCAAAAGUAGUGCACUAUAUAAGUAAUAGGAUGUCAUUCUGGACGUACACACAGGGACUCUUGAAAGAGAUGAAUGUGAGAUGCAGCAUUUGGAUGUACACUUCUUAAAACAGACCAUCUCACAAUCCCAAUAUACUGCCAACAGGGUUAAUUAAAGAAUGCAGAGGACUGUCUGAGCAAGUUUCAUAGAUGAGUACCUCUCGCAGUGUGUUUUAUGGUGUGUAGAAUACGAAGAGAAAACUCACUCACACGGUGUCGCUCCAAAAUAGGCUGUUUGUAAACUGGAUGUUCAUGUAACCUAAAAUCAUUCAAGUCUUCUGUACAAGCAACUAAAACCAAACCAGACGGGACAUUCAAUAGUAGAUGAACUGCAAUUCAAACAGUAAUGGCUUUUUACCUGUAGUUAUUAUGGAUGACCUUGGUAUUUAUUAACGAAUAAGCUGUGGUUUGAUGAUUUGCUUUCAAUUUUAAUUUCGUUAUUAGUGUUUGGUGAAUUUACUUAGUUAAUGAAAUAAAUGAAUAACAUAAAUAAUUACAAUGAGACCAUGGAUUACUACAAGGCACUUACGCUUACCACAUUUCCCUUUUCUGUUCAAAAGACUGUGACUUCAUUAGGAUUUAGGAAGACAUUUAAUCGCCUAAAACCGCGGAUAGAAAGUUUAACAUAAAAAAAAAAUAAAAAAAUAUUUUUAAAAAAUCUUUAAAAGGGAAGAAAUAGGAAAUAAAACAUUUCUAAAGAAAGACACGUGUACAUUUAUUUAAAUUAGAUUUAUUUAUUAAGGCUACACAAGAAAAUGAUUGGUUUCCGAAUGUUUCUAAGAAAUUGCAUGUAAAAUACGUGAUGACUUAUUACAAGCUCUUCUAACGUCAGAUUCUACGGUAGAAACCAUGACAGUUUAUUUUAUUUUGUAAGUUCACUUCACACAGAGAGAAUUGCCAAGCAGCUUAGUGACUACUACAAGAAGAGUCCGAAUCUGCAUGUGUGUAUAUCAUCAUCAUCAUCAUUAGCGAGGAGCUGUAAAAGAGAAUUUUCAUACAUUUUUGUAAAUAAACUUGUAUAGAAAAAAAAAA